AUGUCUCAACCAUUCACACCACCCCGCCUUGAUCAGAAGAUUGGCUUUGGUUUCAUCCUAGGUGACCAACACCUUCGAACCCGACCUGGUCCUUCUGCGACCGCCUUUGACGAAGCCGAAGACACCGACGAAGCUACCGAGAGGAAGAAGAAGGCCGCCGCUAAAGUCAAGAAGGCCGUCGCUAAGUCCAAGAAGCACGUUGUCAAGGUCAAGAAGGCCCGCGUUCCCCGAGUCCGAGUCAAGAAGUCAAUCACCACCAAGAAGAAGACUACUGCACCCAAGCGCAAGGCUUCCACCAAGGUUGCUACCAAGGUUCCGGACAAGAAGCGCAAAGCUCCGAGCGGAGUUGAGGAUGGUCCGAGAAAGAAGGCUAAGAAGUGA